AACGCUCUGCUAGUGUCCAAUUGACCAUGGCCAGUUGUUGUCGCAGUCCAGGGGGUGGCAAUGCUCCGGGAUGUGCUACGGCCCCAAGUUUGACUCCUCUACGCAGUCAGGAUCCCAAUGACAGGGAGUGGAUUGUGGUGAAGAAGUUCAAUACGGCCUCCACUUGGCUUCACAAUGUCCUCAUCCUGCCCGGCAACUGCGUGGAGUUCUCUUUGGAAACAGCCUCACUGUAUGCUCAGGAUCCGCACAACAAUCGCUGUGGCUUUAAGUGCCUAGUGGUUGGCUAUGACAAUCCCACAUCGAUUAAUGCCAGCAAUUCGUGUCUAAUAAGACUGGAACAGGAGUUGGCCUAUUUGGGUGGCAUGUGCAGUGCCAAUCUGAUGAAGAAGGAGCUUAAUUUACCAGAUGACAAGGAUGUGGAGGAUAUGAGCGGCGUGGAGGAGACCAUCAAUGCCCAUCAUACACUGCUCUCUAAAGGAUUUGCUCUAUCUGAACCCCAGUUGACAGUGCAUCAGGCCUUGGAAUCAUAUCUGCCCAUCGGGUAAGUUUAAUUUUCUGUA